AUCUCCCCAGUCUCCGUCUCCCCCAUCUCCGAUCGUCUCAGUCUCCGUCUCAGUCUCCCCGUCUCCCCGUCUCCAGUCUCCCCCAUCUCCAGUCUCCCCGAUCUCCAGGUCUCCAGGUCUCCCCAGAUCUCCGGUCUCCCCCGUCUCAAGUCUCCCCGGUCUCAGGUCUCAGUCUCCCCCGUCUCCGUCUCCCCCGGUCUCCAGGUCUCCCGUCUCCGUCUCCACCCGUCUCCGAUCUCAGUCUCCGUCUCCAUCUCCCCCGUCUCCGUCUCACUCUCCCCCGUCUCCGUCUCCCCCAUCUCCGUCUCUGUCUCCCCGUCUCCGUCUCCCACGUCUCACGCUCUCCCCCGUCUCAGUCUCCGUCUCCCCCGUCUCCGUCUCCCCACGGUCUCCGUCUCUCACAUCUCCCCGUCUCAUCAGUCUCGAUCUCUCCCCAUCUCCGUCUCCCCCAUCUCCGGUCUCCCCGUCUCCCCAUCUCGUCUCCGUCGUCUCCCCCAUCUCCGUCUCCCCGUCUCCAUCUCCGUCUCCCCCAUCUCCGUCUCCAGUCUCCCCCCGUCUCCGUCUCCGUCUCCCCCGUCCUCCGUCUCCCCCCAUCACCGUCUCCCCGUCUCCGUCUACCCCGUCUCUAGUCUCCCCGUCUCCACGUCUCCGUCUCCGUCUCUGUCUCCCCCGUCUCCGUCUCCAUCACGUCUCCCCCAUCUCCGUCUCUCCAUCUCAGUCCUCCCCAUCUCCGUCUCCCCAUCCUCCAUCGUCUCCCCCGUCUCAGUCUCCCCCCAUCUCAGUCUCCGUCUCUAUCUCCGUCUCAGUCUCCCCGUCUCCCCCGUCUCCGUCUCCCCAGUCUCCCGUCUCCCCGUCUCCAGUCUCCCCGUCUCCGUCUCCCCCUUCUCCGUCUCCCCCGUCUCCAGUCUCCUCCGUCUCCAGUCUCCCGUCUCAGGUCUCCCCCUUCUCCGUCUCCCCGUCUCAGUCUCCCCCGUCUCCAUCCGUCUCAGUCUCCCCCCGUCUCAGUCUCCCCCAUCUCCGUCUCCCACGUCUCCAGUCUCCCCGUCUCCGUCUCCCGCCGUCGUCUCCCCGUGCUCCGUCUCCCCGAUCUCCGUCUCCCGUUCUCCGUCUCCCCGUCUCACGAUCGACCCCGUCUGUCUCCCCGUCUCCAUCUCCAGUCUCCGUCUCCCCCGUCUCCGUCUCCCCCGUCUCCCCGUCUCCAGUCUCCCCAUCUCACGUCUCCCCGUCUCCCCCGUCUCAGUCUCCCCAUCUCCGUCUCCCCGUCUCGUCUACGCCCCCAGUCUCGUCUCCCCCAUCUCAGUCUCAUCUCCGUCUCAAGUCUCCCCCAUCUCCGUCUACCGUCUCCAAUCUCCGUCUCAGAUCUCCCCGUCUCCGUAUCUCCCCAGUCUCCGUCUCCCCGUCUCAGUCUCCCCGGUCUCAGUCUCCGCCAGUCUCAGAGUCUCCCCCUUCUCCGUCUCCCCCCGUCCUCCGGUCUCCUCCAGUCUUCAGGUCUCCCCAGUCUCCGUCUCCCCCUUCUCCAGUCUCCCCGUCUCCGUCUCCCCGUCUCAAUCCGUCUCAGUCUCCCCCCGAUCUCAGAUCUCCCCCAUCUCCGAUCUCCCGUCUCCGUCUCCCCCGAUCUCACAGAUCUCCCCCGUCUCAGUCUCCCCGGUCAUCCGUCUCCCCACGUCUCACCGUCGGUCUCCCGUCUCCGUCGAUGCCCCCGUCUCUGUCUCCCCGUCUCAGUCUCCCCGUCUCAAGUCUCCCCGCUCUCCCCCGUCUCCGUCUCCCCCCAUCUCCUCUCCGUCCUCCUCCGUCUCCGUCUCCGUCUCCGUCUCAUCCCCGUCUCCGUCUCCCCGUCUCCGUCUCCCCGUCUCCCCCGUCUCCGUCCCCGUCUCCCCGUCUCGCCCCGUCUCCGUCUCCCCCAUCUCCGUCUCCGUCUCGUCUCCGUCUCGUCUCAGUCUCCCCCGAUCUCCGACUCCCCCCGUCUCCAAGUCUUCGUCUCCCGUCUCACGUCUCCCGUCUCCCCCGUCUCAGUCUCACGUCUCCGUCUCCCCGUCUCCGUCUCCCGUCUCCUCUCCCCCGUCUCCGUCUCCCCCCAUCUCCGUCUCCCCGUCUCGUAUACCCCGUCUCCGUCUCACCGUCUCCGUCUCCCCCGUCUCCGUCUCCCCCAUCCGUCUCCCCGUCUCCGUCUCCCCCGUCUCCAUCUCCCCAGUCUCCGUCUCCCCUCGUCUCCAUCUACCCCGUCUCCGUCUCCCCGUCUCCGUCUCCCCCGUCUCGUCUCCCCCGUCUCGUCUCCGUCUCCCCCCGUCUCCGUCUCCCCCAUCCUCCGUCUCCCCGUCUCAGUCUUCUUCUUCCUCUUCUGAGGAGGACGAGGAGGGAGGAAGGAUCGGAGGACCAAAAUGCAGCGUG